AUGAGGAUGAGGCUCUGGACACCCAGAAACUCAAAAGGCUUUGCCCAAGUCCACUUCUGUGCACUCGCCAUUGCUGCCGUAACGAACUUAAUGGCAUUAAACAACACACAUUUUUACAGUGCUGGAGGUCAGAAAUCUAAAAGUCAAGGUGUCCGCAGGUCCACAUUCUUUCUGGAGGCUUCAAGAGAGAGUCUGUUUCUUUGCCUUUUCCAGCUUCUAAAGGCCAGCUGCACUCCUUGGCUUGUGGCCCCCUCCUCCAUCCUCAAUGCCUGCAGAGUAGCAUCUUCCAAUCACACAUCUUUCCUCACUCUAACUCCUGCCUCCCUCUUCUAA